CGGCGCCUCUUUGCAGUUCAGCAUGUCGGGCAGGUCGGUGCGGGCCGAGACCAGGAGUAGGGCGAAGGAUGACAUCAAACGGGUCAUGGCAGCUAUCGAAAAAGUACGGAAAUGAUGCUGCCUGACCUGCUGAGUUCCUCCAGCAUUUUGUGUUGUUCAAGAUUCCCAGCAUCUGCAGAAUCUCUUGUCUGAUUCCUUUGGUUGAUGUCUAAACCAGGAUUGGCCUAAAAAAUUAGGGGACAGAUUUGAGAAGACCCCCAGAGGGAGAAGAAGUGGGUGACUGUUGGGGACACAUCACUACGGAUCUACAAAUGGGUACCCGUAACAGAACCCAAAGUUGACGAUAAAAACAAAAAUAAAAAGAAGGGGAAAGAUGACAAAUGUGGGUCUGAAGUGACGACUCCAGAAAAUAGCUCCUCACCAGGCAUGAUGGAUAUUCAAGCGCUGGAAAUGGUUACAUCCCGACACGCGGGGCAGAAGCAAGGUCGCAUUGUGUAUUCCACGGACCAGCAAAUACCGGCCGGCUUAGCGAACAGAGCGGCGGACACCCCCGCUGAAAUCCGGAGGAAAACACACAGAGGAUGCAGAGGGGGAUUACAAAGCCGAGGAAAGAGGAGUUCAGUGGGUAAUACCGUUCCGGCUGACCGGAAGUGCACUGAGAGCGAUGAGAACAGUAAUCAGAGUUCCAUAGCAGAUGCCUCUCCAAUGAAGCAAGAGAACAGCAGCAACCCAAGUCCUGCACCAGAGCAGAUCUUAGUAACUCAAGCAGAUGGCUCUGACACCCGGACGGAGGAAAUUCAUCCCCCAGUCAAAGAACAACCCAGCUCUGAUGACACAUCGCCACCAGCAGAGUCAAAUUCCCAAACUCCUCCAGAAUCAUCCCUAACUGAAGUAGAGAAAUCAGAUGAGCAACCAUCAGGAGUGAAAGAGAACAUGGAGACAACCAAAGAUACUCAGGAAUCUGAAGAUGGGGAGCCUCUUUCAAAAAAGAUCAGAACAGAGACCUCUCAGCAGAGUGCUGAGGAGAGUUAGGCUGUUCAGAAAACUGUGGGGUUAUCUUCCACAUAAAAAGGUACAUCAAUGGGCCUCAUUUCAGACCAACCUUCUAGAAACUUUCACAUAUUACUAAACAUGGAGGAACCACUGACCACGAAGGAAUGUUGAGUCGUAAUCCAAGUAAAAAUUUGAGAAGACUGGACAGAUAUGAAGCUGACUAAUUUUUCUUGUGAAAUAACAUUCUAGUGAUUUAUAUAUUUAAAUUACUUUUGCUGUUAAAGUUGGGUGGGGUGGGUGGAAGAAGUGGACUCAGGAGGGUUAACGCACUGGUAGUUUAUAAAACUUGUCAAGAUCACAUGUUUUUGCUGCUGUAUUUUCAUUCUUAUUUAUGUUGUGAAAUAUUUAAUGAUGGUACAGGUCAGAAUUAGUGUACGUAUGAAAUCCAUUAUUCAUGCCAUUUAAUUCCAUUUUGUGCCUCAAGAAGUAACCACUAUCUUGUAGAAAAUGCCCUAUGUUUGCAUAAUGCCUUGAAAGUAGAAAGAUUCUAUUUGUGAUCAUGUUAAUCGAUGUAACACAGUCUAAAUUGUUUGAUCCAUCUCACUUUUAGCUUUGUAAUUUAAAUGUAGUGCAGGUAUCUAUAAAUGAGAACUAUUUCCUUGAAUACAUCCAUAUAUAACAGUUGUAUUUAUUUAUCAAGGGAUGAACAUAAGACUUUCUAGGUGAGCAGUUUAAGGGUAUUUUUAAAGUAAAAAUAUCUACAGUAGUAAGUAUUUGAAUUGAUAGGUAAAUCAAAAAUUUGAACAUUAUGAAAUUUUCAAAUAGUGACUUUUAUGGAAUAUCCACAAUUAUGGGCAAGUGGUUCGAGCCAUGUAUCUGAUGGCAACUUUGUCCAUGAUUUGGAAUACCUAAUAAAAUCUGUACUAAUGUACACAUUCCUUUUAAUAUUUGUUACAUAGUAUAUGCGCAGACCUAUCAAUUGGAUGGCCUUUGUUGAUAUUGCAUACUGUGAAGAGGCCAGUCAAAGUGAAAGAAAAUACUGAACCUUGAAUCUUCUCUUUCAAAAAAUUGACUUAUCCAGUUUGUCAUUUAUCAUGUGCUAGCUAAUGAUAGCUAAAUUCCCACUUUAGAUAUUGUAACUUUAUUUCAGCUUCAGUACAGAAGAUGCAUUUUAAACUAUUAUGACAUGGAAAUUAUAAACUUUGUUAACGGUAGAUGUUCUAAACUUCAGAAAAAAAUGAACUUUGCAAGUGGGCAUUUUCUUAAAUGAUAUCACUCUGUACAGUGAAGUACAUGUGAAAUUCCAUGGAUUAAAUCCUUGUAACCUCAAUGUAAAGCUAACAUUGCAAAAUAUGGACUUGUAUGAACUAUGGAAUCCAUAGAGCAUGAUGUCCAUAAUUAAUUUUUAAACAUUAUUUCUUUAUAAAAUAUUGCCAUCAGGUGCACUUAAUUCUAGUCCUGAAAUAUUGGUAUACAUCCAUACCUCAAUCAUUCCUCUUUAAAUGAUAACAUAUAUUUAAAAAUGAUUACAUUUCCCUGUAAAAAUGUGUAUACGUUUUGGACUGAAUAACUGAUGAAAAUAGUAAAGAUGUUACGGCUUUAUUUUAUUGGAGUCUCUUGAUCACUUUGUUUCAUUUGAAACCCAUUGUUUCAAACACUAAUAACAAUGGACAAUUUUUUAGUGUUGCUCCUCAGAUGUUUUGUUCAUGAUAGACUGAUUGAAGCUGUACUCAAUUAUAAUUUCAGACUACUUAUAAGACGUAGGAAUUUGGAGAAACAAAAAAUUAUUUUUUAUUGAAUAUAAUGCAUUUAAUUGCAUAAUAGUGCUGAUGCUUCGCAAUAGCUUACUUAACUAAGUUAAAAAUGUCGACUAUUUUCAUUUGUACUGUGUCUGAGGCUUCUCAGUUAGGUGUCCAAAAAUCAACCAGCAUUGAUGGAUUCCAGUUGCCCUCAUACUGUUUCUCCAUGACUGCAAUGUUCUGGUGAAAUUUUUCACCAGGCUUGUCACUGACAGUGCCAAGAUUUGCAGGGAAGAAGUCAAAAUGGGAAUGCAGAAAAUGAAUCUUUAGUGACAUGUUGUAUUUCAUGGGUUUGUAUGCUCGAAGCAUAUUGUCAACCAGCUGCACAGAGUUUGGUGCUCUGUAGUUGCCAAGAAACUGUUCAACGUCAUCCUUGAAUGCCUUCCAUGUGAUUUUUUUUUUUCUCCAGUCCCACUAUAAGUUCUUUGAAUUGCCUGUCAUUGAUGACCUGUUUAAUUUGUAGACCAACAAAAAUGCCUUCCUUAAUGUUGGCAUCAAUUCUGACUUGAAUUAUGAAUUGAAAUACCAAAUAUAGGUAUUUUUUUAAAAUGGUGUGUGAUAGGAAAAUUUCAUGGUGAUUUUCAUGAUCAGCAGCCCAAAAUCCAUUAUACACCCAGAAGUAUUCAGGAAGCAAAAUCUUUGUUGUCCAGUGUAAUGGAACUUGCAAUUAAAUUUGGAAUUCAGGCUGUAUUCAAGGAAGUAAAUUUAGAGUAUUUUCCUGCUCUGAUCACAGUUGCACUAUGCAUAUGUUAUAAGUGCUUAUGUUUAUAAAAUAGAAUGCAUACAAUUCUGGAAAUUGUUUUGCUCAAGAUUAUCACACUUUAUUACUGUUACGCCUAAUAGUCUCCAUCUUAGGUGAAGAACUAUGUGAUCACCAUAAGAAUUUAAGCUCCAAUGAUUCACCAUUGCCAUGUAUAAAUAAUCAGAUUUCAAUAAUUCAUACCAUUUUAAUUCUCUGAAAUGUUUUAAAAUUUUAUAAUUUGUCACCAUUUUGCCCAACAUUAAAUUGAUACUAAAUCAGAUUUUUCAUCGUGUUCGGUUAUACUUGAACUGCAGUGGUUUCCCACAUGAUAUUUAGCUUGUUUUACUUGGACUUUAGUUUCAAUAUAUAAUUUGGGACAUGUAAAUCACACAGUAUAGAAUUUGGGUACUAAUGAGUACAUAAUGUGCACACCAGUACCAAAGGCUUUUGGCUCAUUCUUAAAGGAAAUUAUCCUUUAAAUUUAAAGCUCUUGAGAAAUUUAAGUCGUGCUAGAACAGAAAUGCUGCUCUUCACACACAGUUAAAAUCUAUUAUGUUCCUAGAUUCUUAACCUGUUGGGAUAGAUUAAUUUCCUCUGCAAAGCAUAAGUGAUCUUCAGCUCACUAGUGACAUUUAAAAAAAAAGAAGUCCAAAGCUUCUUGAUGAGGACUGAUCUGUCUCAUUUACUUUUUGAGUACAAAUUAUUUUUCUCAGUUAUUUGGCCCUCACCAAAUCAUAAGAAGUAAAUUUGGUCUUCAAUUAAUAAUACAUUUGGAUUUUUUUUUGUAGGAAUUGGUUUCAAAUUUGUUGCUUGGCUAUUUUGGUGUUGCAAGAAAUGUAGAAAGGGAAUCAACAUUGUAUGUGGUGAUAAUAUUUGUUAUGGAGUAGAACAUUCUGUAAUGUACUAUUUUUUGAAAUGAAUCAUUAACUUUCUGCUUUCAUUGUCAAAAUCAAAAAUAAUACUGUCAAAAUGCAUCCAGUGGAUUUUUUGGAGAUCAGCAGUUUUAUAAGCAUCCCAAUUGAUUUGCAAUUCAAUUUUCAUGAACAGUUGGGUACAUUUCACUUUGAAAGGAUUUUUUUUGUGAUGGAAACUUGUCUGUAAUUGAAGUGCCUCCUAAAGCAAAUGAAACUUGUUUGAAUGAAUAAGUCAAACAGUGGCUAAGUAGAAAGGGGUAAGGUUUUAAAAAAAUUUCAUUCAAUUGAACCACAAACAAAUUAACAAGUGGCUGGCAGUUCCUUAAAAUUGAGUACCACGUGCUUCUUAACAGUGAAUACUAUAUGAAAAUUCCUGUACGGGGAUCGCAAGGAUUUUUUUGAGUCAUUAGUUUGUUACCUGGUUCAGCAUGUUUUUCUCCCACUGUUUCAGCUACCUGUUCCAUAAGGGAAGGUCUGUUCAUUAAGAAAAUCCAUGCAGAACUCUCAAAAGUAAUUCUAGAUUGAUAUAAGACUAAUACACGUUUACCUUUAACUAGUUCAUUGAAUUGGGGUUCAGUUCCAUUUUUUUUCUGGGAGCCUUGUUAUAAACUACUGGGGACUGACAAAACUCAAGCUAGGUUCAACAGUGUUAAUAUUUUACUUGCAUUUUGAUUUGGUUACAUAGACCAAAAUAUUCUAACAGUGGAUUUAUUAAAUAUGUGGUGUAUGACACCCCAAAUGGAAAAACCAAGUGAUUUUUGUGUAGAUAUUUGUCAGUUUCAUGUUGCUGCAGUGAAAGCUAGUUGUAUACCUCGUGUCAUGAAGGGGCUUAACAGUAUAAUUUUUAAAACAAUUAGCAACACUAAUGAAUUUUGUAGAUGUGGUAUGAGUUUUUUUUAUAUAAAGUUGGGUGUAAUCUUGCCUUUCCAUAAUUAAAUUUGGCUUUUGCUAAUAGAAUUUCUGUACAAUGUAAUUUUGGUACUGUCUGUUUUUCCAUUUGAAACUUGUAAACUUGUAUGUUCAAGAAAGCUUCUGGCAAAAGGUAUAUGAAAUGAUUUCCAUUCUGUUGUGAAGGCACUGUCAUAGCUAUAGAAAGAAAAUCUUGUAAUUUUAAAAGCUGGAUGGUGCCAGUUUUCCUUUUGUACUAAGUAAAUAAUGGAGCUUCUGUUACACAUUUCCUAUUACAAUUUUGAUCUAUUAAUUCUUUAAACAGAUAUAUUGUUGGACUGCAACAUUGCUAUGACCAGAAUGAGAGCUUAACUUUAUAAACUAGAAAAACAUUGACUUUUGAAUUUGUGUCCUUGCAAUCUUUUUAAGAAAUUGAAGCACCACAUUCCAAAUUCUUUUUUGUAGAAGUGCUGGCGCUUAUUUAUUAAUAAAUUGACAGCAGCUUGUACUGCUGCACUAUUAACUGCAGAAAACUAUGCGGAUCCUGUCCAGAUAUCAACAUAAAUUUAUCUAAUUGUCCAUAUUUUAACCUAUUAUAUUUAGAGAUCACAGCUAUCAUGAAAAACUUAAGUUUCCAAUUGAAAUGCAAUGUGUUGUACAGCAGUGUUUUCUUUUUUAUUUAUUCCCUUAAGUAUGGUUUGUACCAUGUACAAUGACUGUUUUCAUGAAUAAAAAAUUGUAUAAUAUGGAAACUGUUUUAAUUUCAAUGUUUUUUAUUUCUUGUACUUUGAUUAAAAGGCUAUAAAUGUAGAAGGGCUUUUAUAAAACAAUUGUCUCACUCAGCGUAUUAGAUUGCCAGUUACUUAGCUUUAAUGUGUCACUAAACAACUUGGUGAUGACAAAUAAUAAAUCUAGCAAAAUUCAUUGUAAAACACCGUUUUCCUUUCCUAACCUUGCACUAUCUUUGAUUUGUUCCUGUGUGAUUUUUAGACUUGGAUAUUUAAAAGAUAGAAUGUAUUUCAGAUGCCUCUGUCUCUUCCCAUUUUUCCUAACACCAACCCUCCUGAGCCAUUGUGGGGGAAAUACAUACGCAAUAACUUGCCACUUUUAGGUGAAAAAUGAAUAACUGAAAAAUCCAGCUGGUACAGAUUGAUAAGCACCCGUGCUGGGGAAAUGCACAGUAGUUGCAAGUGAAUUCCUUUAUAAACUCUGAACCACUACAUUUUUGAGUUAAACUUUGAGAUCAAUGUAACACUUGUACCCAUGCUGAUUCUCUGGAAAAGCUAUUCAUUUUGCCAAUCAACCACAGGUGAGAUGCCAGAGGAUUGGUGGAUAACUAAUAUUUUGUUGUUUAAGAAAACCUUUUAAUAAAUUGGGGAAAUUAUAGGCCAAUGUGCCGGAGCUCAGUAGUGGGUGAGUUAUUGGAAGGCAUUCUAAAGGACUGGAGAUAUAACAAUUUGGAUAGACAUGGACUGAUUAGGGAUAGUCAAUAUGGCUCUGUGCAUGGUAGUUCGUGUCUAAUCUUAAUUGCUUUUGAAGAGGUUACCUGGAAAGCUGAUUAAGGAAAGGCAGUGGCUGUUGUCUACAUUGACUUUAACAAUAUCCUGUAUGUGAGGUUGGUCAAGAGGGUUCAAUUGCUUGGCAUUCAGGUUGCCAAAUUGGAUUUGAUAUGGGCUUGGAGAAGCUUAGAGUGGUUGUAAAUGGUUACCCCUCUGACUGCAGGCCUAUGAUUAGUGGUGUGCUUCAGGAAUUGGUGCAGGGCCUGUUGUUGUUUGUCAUCUAUCAACAAUCUGGAUGAUAAUGUAGUAAACUGAAUCAGAUGACGUCAAGAUUGGAUGCAUAGUAGAUAGCGAGGAAAACAAAGCUUUCAGUAAGAUCUGGACCAGCUGGGAAAAUAGGCUGAUAAAUGGCAGAGAUGGAAUUUGAUGCAGACAAGUAUGGGGUUUUGCAUUUUGGGAGGACAAACCAGCCUAACAUUUGCCCAGUUGUAGGGUACUGAGCAGUCUGGUAGAAACAGGUU